UACAUACAUACAUACAUUCAUACAUACACCUUCAUUUUAAAAGAAAACGAAAAAGAGAAAGAAGGAAACAAAGAGAAAGACAGAGAACGAGAGAGAGAGACAGAAGGAAUAUAUUGAAAAAAGUAAUCAGAAAGGGGGGGGAAAAAAGUCAAUCGUUUUUAUUUAAUUUUUCCUUUCAAAGAUUUAAAAAAAAAACUGAGGAAAUCCACGUAAAUAAAAGAAAAAACCGACAACAACAAAAGGCGCACACUUGUCAGCUAGAUUUGAAGAUUAACUUCGGGUUAUAAUUAUUGUUGUUCUUACUGUCGCUGUUGUUAUUGUUGUUGUUGAUUCUACGUGAAUUCUUUCCUUCGUUGAUACUUUUCUUUUUCGUUUCUUCUUCUUUUUCCCCUCCGUUUUCCUCUUUGUCUUUUUCGUUACUUACCCCUCUUUCUCAGCAUCUUCCCCCCUCUCUGUUUCCUCCCCCUAAUUCCUCCCCCCCCGUCUUUCUUCUCACUUUCUAAACACAAAAGAACUGUUUUUAACGCCAAAAGGUUAAAAAGAGAGAGAGAGAGAGAGAGAGAGAGAGAGAGAGAAAAACCCCUCGAAAACCUACGCAAGCAAAAACAACACAAAACAAAAAUCCCCCAAAAGGAGAGAGUGAAAUAAGAGACAAUGAGCCGCCGUGCUAGUUUCUUUAAUAAGCAAAACCCUGGUAAACCCAGGGUAAGAUUUGCCGACGAAUUAGUGUUUAAUGAUAAUGUCAAAGAACAGGACAUACCGGCGAUGGAAGCAAUGUUAAGGAGAUCGAGUUUACAGAUGGAUAUUAACAGUAUCAACAGUGCAGGCCUAACCCCUCUACAUCAGGCCGUACUGGACGGUAACAUAGCUGUGACUAAACUGUUGAUUGCUCAUGGAGCUGAUGUUAAUAAACAGGAUGAGGACUUCUGGACACCUUUACAUGCCGCCUGUGCCGAAGGACAUUCAGACAUUGUCAGGUACCUCUUGGCACAAGGUGCUGACAGACAAAUACUCACAGACAAUGGAGAAAGACCACUUGACUUAGUAGAACCCACCGACUUUUCUACGAUCAAGGCAAUGCUGGAAGAUGUUGCAGCUUCAUGUUCUCAAGCAGACAACAGUGACGAGGAUGAUGAUGACAAUGACGACGAUGAUGCUGACGAUGAUGAUGAAGGUGAAGGAAAUAGAGGCAGGCGUCGAAACUACGGUGAUGACGAGACCGAUGAUCAUGAUGACUAUGAUCAUCAUAAUGACCAUGGUGAUCGUGAUGAGGAAGAUGAUGAUGAUGAUGAUGAGGGUCAUCAUCGUGGAGGUAAAGAGAACAUGCAUAGAAAUGCUAGACUCCUUGAAGAUGAAGAUGUCAUGGGUGAUUUAGAAUAUGUGUCACCGGAUGAGGAAGAUGAGGAAGAAGAGGAGAAUCGCAGACGAAGAAGAUUACGGCAAUCAGAAAGAUCUCGGUCCGGCUCAAAGUCAACGUCUGAACAGGAAGUCCAUUACAGGAGUGAGGAGGAUAGAUUAGAUAUGGAGGAUUCAGAGCUUGAACAGCGAAUGCCCAGACAAAAACAUGAACAAUUUUAUGGCAGCCAGGGAGAAGAAGAAGUCAGUGAUGAGGAACACUUUGAGCUACAAGAAAAUUACUAUCAGCAGAAUCCUGACUUAAACUAUGAUAUUGAAAAUGAAAAUGGUGAAUUUAGUGAACCACCAAGAGAGUUUGAAGAGGAUUUGUCAGACAGAAGUGGUGAUCGUGAAUGUAGACAACGUCCUCAGAGACAUUACAUCGAUGGGGGUUCUGAUGAUGAGAGGAAAGGGAGGUUUUAUUACGACAUCGAAGGCGAGGAGUCAGAUGAAUUAAACAGACAUCGUCAUCCUGCAGAGCAUGAUGAUCACCAUCCAUGUGAUUCAGGGGAAGAACGUUAUUAUAGAGAGACUAACAAAGACGCAAACAAUAACAGCAACAACGAGGAUUCUCAGGCAAUACAGUACAACUAUCAACAGUGCAGCAGUGAAUUUCGAGGUGGCUCAACAGAGAAGGAACAACUCAGUAAUAUUAGUGAACAGAGUGUAAACGAACAUCUACAUCUCCCCAAACCUGGUGAGAUUUCUGCUGAUGAAAUCACAGCCUAAACGUUUACCAGUGUUGUAUGAUUGCGUCUCAAGUGUGUGCGUAAAAUGUGGUUGAGUGGACGAGUGUUUUCAGAACAUCGUUUUAAUUUAAAUGAAAUUUUUUAUCAAAGAUUUUUUUUUAAACAAAAAAAAAGUAUACAUAUUAAAAAUGCAAUAUUGAAAGAAGAAUUAUUAUGAUUGUGUAUAAACAGUUCCAGGAAAUGCCUCUCUCAAGAGAAAAGAAAAACAAUUUUCAGAUUGUAUUUUCUCUUCUUUUUCUACCAUUAUGUCUAUGCAAAUGAAGAAUAGAUUUUUUUAAAAGAUUUUCAACAAAAAGAGUCAAUAUUUAACUGUAAAUGGUAUCUUUUUUUUUUCACUUUUAAUUUAUUGAAAAUGACAGUGAUUAAAUUUCUAUUUCGGAUAAUAAAGGUUCUAUUGAUAUAGAACAGCCCCUCCUCAAUACCAUAUUUGAACCCUUAUGGCCAAAGAAGGACCGAUCAAGAGAGAAAAUAAUUCUACCAAAUAAAUAUACCCCACCCACUCUCCUUUAAAAUAAAACAUGAAAUAAAACCAGAAACAGUAAUGGCAGCAACAUUUUCCAUUAA